AGCCAGCUGAGCGCUCUACGGACGACUAAGUAAGCGGACGUUGCACGUGCAGUACCGCAGUGAAAAGUGAGCGAUGUGUCAGCAGCGAUCGGUGCAAUGAAAGUUGGAAUGUUGCCAAGAAGGAUUAAAAUUCAAUGCUGCCCAAAGCAUCCCAUACGGAGCUAAAAUAUAAAUGCAAAGUGAGAGUGCGGAAUGCGAAAUGCAAAAUGUAAAAUCAUGUGUGAUGUUAAAAAAAAUUUAAGAAAAUAUCUCAAUGCAUAAGAAAGCAAAUCGAAAAUAUUUUUCAAUUAAGUGAAAUUUUGCCAUAAGCAGUAGGAAAACAAAUUAAGCAAUGAAAUUAUCACUGCUCGCCCUGCUGUUCUUCUGUCUUGUACGCAAAGAAGCGCCUGCUAUUCUUUUCAAUCAAAUGGAUGUGAAGAGUUUCGUUAACAGUGGCGUCCUGGAUUUGAAUGUUUUGCGUUGUUUUCUGCAUAAUAAAAAUGUUUGCCCGAGUCCAUAUAUAAUGUACCGAUUAUUUGCGCCGAAGUCAUCACGUCACGGUGUUGCACUGAACAUACACAAUCCGCUGUCUCUAUUCAAGGGUGGCUUCAGUCGCCAUCGCGAAACGGCAUUCAUCGUGCACGGCUUCAAUGGCACCGCUGUCGAUAUGCAUUUACAAUUUUUGAGAGAUGCUUAUUUGUCACGUGAUUUCAAUGUCAUCACCGUCGAUUGGCGACCAUUAACCCGUUACCCCUGCUAUUUGCAUGCUUUGAUCAAUACACGCCUGACUGCUCAAUGCACCGCACAGGUUUACUCCUUCCUUACGCAUCAUGGAGCAGUGCGUGAAAAAAUCACCUGCAUUGGUCAUUCACUGGGUGCGCAUAUCUGUGGCAUGAUGUCAAAUCAUUUAUCGAUAAAGCAGCAUCGGAUAAUCGGCCUCGAUCCGGCGCGUCCACUUAUCGAACGCAAGAAAGGUCAUAUCUUUCGCUUAUCGAUCGAUGAUGCGAGCGUUAUACAGGUGCUGCAUACCAAUGCAGGUUUCUUGGGACAGGAAGAUAAUGUCGGACAUCUAGACUAUUGCAUUAAUGGUGGCAAAUUUCAGCCAUUUUGUAAAGGAAACCCAAUAAGGCGUUCCCGUUGCUCACAUUUCCUAAGUAUUUGCUAUCUUGCCAGUGCAAUGUUUAAGCAUAAAAAGUUCUUAGGCGUUUCCUGUCCAAACGGUUGUGUGGAGUUGCGGGGACCUAAGCGUUUACCAGUGAGCGGAAAGAAUCCGUUCGGUGUUAUUUCGCAGAUAAGCGAAUAUCAUAUUGGCAACGAUGCUCCAGAUAACGCAAGGGGAUGUUACUGCAUCGAUAUGCCGUUCGUAAAACAUUGUCCAUUCAACGAUCAGACCUAAGUGGAAAUAAUACAUAUAUGUACAUACAUAGAUUAAAAUAGUUUUAGUUAAUUGUUUAAAUUAAUGUAAUGUAGUAACGUAUAUAUUAUUAU